UGCGCUAAUUAUAACAUGGGAUUUGCUCCUGAUGAAGAUACUAAAUGAGAAAACGGUUUUGUAUUAUUUUAAACAUGAGCGCCACGAUAAGGAAGGAACUCUUUUUAAAACUAGAUUGCAAAAAAAGAAUCACUUUAAAAAGAGAUAUUUUGUCUUAUGUGGAAAUAUCCUUGCCUAUUACGAGCGAAGGUCUGACGUUGAACCUUUAGGCGUCAUCUUUCUUGAGGGGCACUCUAUUGAAAUGGUGGACGAUCUUACUUUUGCUCUUAAGUUUCCUUUCAUUAAGGAAAAGGGAAGAGAUUAUUACCUUCGAGCGGAAUCACCAGAACUCCUUAUGUCUAUAUAG